GGUGAGCGUAGCGCCCUCGCUGCUCUGCAGCGUGGAAACUUGUUGGAUUCUGGAGGAUCAGCAUGAGCAGCGUGGGCAACUUCGACUUUCGCGCCCGUCGCCGUGGGCACAAAGGUCAGUCACGACCUAUGGGAGGGUAUGACUAUGAGCCAUCGUCAUUCCCAACCUCUCCUGCAGCAUAUGAUCAGUUUUCCUGGCCGCCUCCCGGACUUUCGCCAUACUCGUCGUCUUAUGACUAUGACCAUGACCGUUACGAGCGUGAACGCUACGAACAUGAUCGUUACGAGCGUGAACGCUACGAACAUGAACGUUAUGAGCGUGAACGCUAUGAACGUGAACGCUAUGAGCAAGAGCGCUACGAGCGUGACCGCUAUGAGCAUGAUCGCUACUAUGACUAUGAUCGCUAUGAGCAGGACCGCUACGAGCACAGUCGAAGUGGGAAUGGGCGAUAUGGACAUGAGCGAUACGGACAUGAACGAUGGGACGACCGAUAUGGACGUGAGCGCUACAACCAGAAGUUACCAGACUACAUUGAUCCAAGGAUACCCUCAACUCAUCCUGACCCGGAGUAUUUGGCCUACCUUGACUCGCUGUACACUCCAUUGGAAGGCAUGCCACAAGCGCCCAUUAUGCCAGACUUCGAUGACUGGCGAGCUGAUGAUUGGAGGUGGUAUUUUGUGA